AUGGUGUGUCAAAAGCAGCCCAAAGUAGUAUUCUUAUGUGAAACGUUGUGUAAAAAGGAUAGGGUGGAGUGGCUUAGAGUAUCUCUCGGCUUUGAGGGGUGCUUUGCGGUUGAUUGUAUGGGUCACAGUGGGGGUGUUGCGAUGCUUUGGAGAUUCAAGGAGGAAGCUUCUCUUCUUAGUUAUGGGCAUAAUCAUGUGGACAUGGAGAUGAGUUUGGAUGGUCAUCCUAGAUUUCGGUUAACGGGCUUCUAUGGAGAACCAAAUCGUCACUUGAGGGAGGACUCUUGGAGGAAACUUCGUCAACUUGCAAGUGCUUCUUCAUUACCUUGGUGCUUGAUGGGUAACUUGAACAAUGUUCUUUCAAAUAGAGAUAAGAGGGGUGGGCGACCAUACCCCUCUUGGUUGAUUAAUGGUUUUCAGGAGACCCUUUUGGAGUGUAGUUUGGUUGAUAUGGACCUGGUUGGGCAUCAGUUUACUUGGGAGAGAGGGCGUGGCUCUUAUAACUGGGUGGAGGUUCGUUUAGAUAGAGCUCUGGUGUCUGAAAGCUGGUUGUCUUUAUUUGUUAAUGCGAGACUGCAUAAUCUUGGUCCUUCUAUUUCAGAUCAUGCUCCUUUAUGGUUGAGUUUGGACUUCGGAAAAAGAACGCCUUACACUUACCGCUUUAGAUUUGAGAACGCUUGGGCUAGAGAUCCUCUCUGUAGACAGAUAGUGCAAGACGGUUGGGGGAUUCCCCAUUCUUUUUCUCUGACUCGGAAGAUUAAGUGUUGUAGUACCGCUUUAGCGGAAUGGGGGCGGGAUAUUAAUGGAAAAUUUAAACAUAAAAUAGCUCGAUUUAAAGCUAUCUUGAAGGUGACCCAAGCAAGACGUGAUGAGUCUUCAGUUCGAUACUAUAAGGAGACUCAAGCCUUAUUGUUCGAAACUCUCUCUCAGCAGGAAAUCUUUUGGCGUCAAAGGUCAAAGCAGUUGUGGCUUCAGGCUGGGGACCUCAAUACCAAGUACUUCCAUGCAUCCGCCAACAAGAGAAGAAGGAGGAAUCAGGUGGUAUCGUUGAAGGAUGAGAAUGGAUUGUUACGAGAUUGGGACAGUGGUCUAGAGAAGGUCAUGGUAGAUUAUUUCCAGAAUUUAUUUUUUGCCUCUUGUACAAACUGGGGUCGAAUUUUGGAUUGUGUACCCACAUCAAUUUCGGAGGAUAUAAAUUUGGAUCUCAUAAAACCAGUUGAACCUGAAGAGGUGAAGCAAGCUCUUUUCCAAAUGCACCCUGACAAAUCGCCAGGGCCUGAUGGUUUCUCCCCGGGCUUCUACCAAAAGUUCUGGGACAUCGUUGGUGAGGAUAUAGUCUGCAUGGUCCAGGAAUUUUUUACCACUGGUUACUUCCCAACUCACCUUUCUGAGACUCAUAUUGUGCUCAUUCCCAAGAAGUCAGCGCCAGAUUCGAUGGGGGAUUUAAGACCGAUAGCCCUUUGUAAGGUGGUCUAUAAAGUGGUUUCGAAGGUGAUGGUGAAUAGAUUGAAGACAGUGCUUACUAUGGUGAUCUCAGAAACGCAGAGUGCUUUUGUACCGGGACGGCUGAUUACUGAUAAUAUAAUGGUGGCCUUUGAAGUCAUGCAUUAUUUGAAGAGGAAAGGGUCAGGGAGAGAUGGGUUUAUGGCCUUAAAGCUCGAUAUGAGCAAGGCUUAUGACAGAAUCGAAUGGGGAUUUCUUGAAGCUAUGAUGAAGAAGAUGGGUUUUGGAGAUCAUUGGGUGUCCUUAGUCAUGAAAUGUGUAAGCUUGGUUUCCUACAAGAUUGCCAUCGCAGGGAGGGAGCUGGGUCCUAUUGUUCCUUCUAGAGGAUUGCGACAAGGUGAUCCUUUGUCAUCCUAUCUUUUUAUUCUCUGCGCAGAAGGGUUUUCUGCUUUAAUUUCCAAAUUCGUUGGUGAUGGUAAGAUUUCAGGGUGUAAAGUUGCAAGAGAGGCUCCUGUGAUCUCUCAUAUGCUGUUUGCAGAAGACAGUUAUUUGUUCUGUAGAGCAACUAUGGAGGAGGCGACUCAUAUUAAGGAUAUACUUCAUUAUUAUCAGUUGGCUUCAGGGCAACAAAUUAAUUUUUUGAAGUCCUCUGUGUUCUUUAGCACGAAUACCACUCUUGCUAUGCAUCAAAGUUUAUGCACAUAUCUCAAUAUUUCUGAAGCUGGCCCAUCAAGCAUGUAUUUGGGGCUUCCUAAUACACUUGGUAGGAACAAAUCUGCGUUGUUGGGUUUUAUUAAAGACAAGAUGAGGAAGAAAAUAGAGCAGUGGGAGGGGCGUUUUUUAUCUAAGGCAGGGAAGGAGAUUUUGCUUAAAACGGUUGCCCAAGCGUUGCCCUCAUAUGCCAUGAACGUGUUCUUGCUCCCUUUAGGCUUAUGUAAUGACAUGGAGAAGCUAAUGUGUCGGUACUGGUGGCACUCUUCAUCAAGUGGAGGUAGAGGAGUUCAUUGGAAGAAGUGGGAGAAGUUAACAGUACACAAGAUGAAAGGGGGUAUGGGGUUUAGAGAUCUUCAUGAUUUCAAUAGGUCUCUUUUGUGCAAACAGGGCUGGCGAUUGAUUAAUAAUCCUCACUCUUUGGUGGCACGUCUAUUUAAGGCUCGCUAUUACAAGUCUGGGAAUUUUUUAGAUUCUAAGCUAGGAUCUAAUCCUAGUUAUAUUUGGAGAAGUGUUUGGGAAAUGAGGGAUCUAUUAAAAGGUGCAGCUCGUUGCCGUGUGGGUAAUGGUGAGUCGACUAUGAUUCAGACGGACCCGUGGUUAAAUGAUGCUGAAUACCCGUGGGUUAUUUCGGUACACCCAGCUUUAAUUGGGGCUAAGGUAUCUUCUUUGAUGCAAUCAGAUGGGAUUGGGUGGGAUGUAGAGGUGGUCAACGACCUUUUUAAUGCCAGGGAUGCAAGGUGCAUUUUGAGUAUACCCAUUUGCCCAAAUCGUCCUAUUGACAACUGGGUUUGGUCUUUGGAGCCUUCGGGAUUCUUUACAGUUAAAAGCUGCUAUAAACAUUUACAGUUGCUCAAACAUGGAGAUGCUUUAGAUCUGGAUAAAUCUUUCUGGAAGUGCUUAUGGCAAGCUAAAGUUCCCCCAAAAGUGAAGGACCUUGUUUGGAGAGCUUCCACGGGCUGUCUUCCUACAAACUUCCAGCUCCAUAUGCGUCAUAUUGGGGUCGAUUUGAAGUGCCCUUUGUGCCAAUCGGACAGUGAAACCACCGUGCACUCUUUGGUGAGUUGUACCAGUGUUUGGCCGUGCUGGAGCCGUCUGGAAUUUCGUGUGACUCCUCCAGCUUCUGAGUCAUUUGCAACUUGGUUGAGGGCGAAUUUAGAUGGGAAAAAUGAAGAUCAAAGAGCAAAGAUUUUUAUGCUCUGCUGGGCUGUGUGGCAGAGGCGAAAUGAGCGGGUUUGGAGGAAUAAAAGAGGUUUAAUUUAUGGAAUUUUGCUCAUGGCAGACACCACUUUGCAGGCAUGGUCCCAAGCUCAAGAUCGGGAUGUUGCUCCCUUACCAAAUUUGUUAACACCUGCUGAUGGUCGUGCUAUUUGGUGUAAGCCUCCCUUGGGGUCGUUGAAGCUUAAUGUAGACGCAGCAUUUUUUUCAGAGGCAGCAACCCAUAGCUUUGCUGGUAUUGUUCGGGACCACACUGGUGCUUUUGUGGAGGCGUUUUCUUGCUGUCGAAUGGGGGCUGUGGCUCCAGAAUUAGGUGAAGCAAUGGGAGUAUGGGAGGCGCUGAGUUGGAUCAAGAGAAGAAAAUUGGUGCAAGUUGCUGUUGAGACCGAUAGUUUGAUGGUUGUUCAAGCUUUACGGAGUCGCAUAUCCAUGGCAUCUUACUUUGGAUGUGUGAUAGAUGAGUGUAAACAGCUUUGGAAGGAUUUAAGUUCAGUUCUAUUAAUUUUGUAA